AUGUCUCAGCCCAACCCCUACAUUCUGGCCUGCGACAACCCGUCGGCGGUGCUGACUCUCCUGCGUUCCAACCCAUCCAUCGCCUCGAACCAAGAUGAGCACGGAUACUCGCUCCUGCACGCCGCCGCAUCCUACAACCACCUCGACCUGCUGCGCGCCCUGGUCCAGGAAUUCCACGUCAACGUGAACCUGCUCGACGAAGAUGCCGAGACCUGUCUGUUCGUGACCGAGACCGUGGAGAUCGCCAAAUGUCUCGUGGAGGAGCUGGGCGUCGACGUCAACCACAAGAACGACGAGGGCAUCACCGCGCAGGAGUCCAUCGAGGCCGACGGGUCGUUCCCCGAGGUUGCUGUCUAUCUCCGCCAAGUGAUGGGUCUGCCGCCUGCGCCGGCCGAGGACCAGGUCACGGACUCUUUGAACCCCGCUCCGCCAUUGCCGUCCAACAUCAAGGUGAACCUGGGCACGGUAUCGGAGCAGGAGGCGAAUGCGGGCACGGACCAGGUGGACCCGGAGUUCAAACGGAGGAUUGAUGAGCUGGCGGCCCGGGACGACUUCCAGAGUGAGGCGACUCAAGCCCAGCUUCGGGAGUUGGUCAUGGAGGCCAUUCGGGGAUCCAAUGUGGAUACUCAGGAUCGGGAGGUGCGGCGCAGAAUGGACUAA